AUGUCUUCACCAACGACAAACAACGAUGCAUUUCAAAGCUUUAUUGAAGAAAGCAUAGAAGAAGAUGAAAUACGACGAAGUUCAUCCACUCGUGUAUCAUUAGUACCACGUCAAAUAUCCUUUGUACAACAUCGAGCAACAUUAGGAGAGAUCAUUCUUGUACUUUUACCAUAUUUCAUCUUAAUUUUUGAUGUCUUCAUCUAUUUUCUUUUACGUGGUUUUAAAGUCGACGAAAGGAUAAUUGAGAAUGAGUCAUCAACGUAUGCGCCGUCGUCAGGAAAAAAAGAAGAAAAAUACAUCAUGCGCCUUAUAAGAAGAAAAUAG